AUACCAUAGAUAUAUUUUGUAUCAACACGUGCCAAAAUUGUAAUUACCAAUUACAACAAACAUAUAUAAACUUAUAUUGAUACUUAUUUUAUGUGCAUUUUUAUGUCGACCGCAUAGUUCUUAUUGCCCGCAACAUAGAAGCACUUGGCCAUCCUAUAUAUUUCCUAAAAUUAAAAUAAAGUUUUGAGUAAACAUUAAAAACGAAGAAAUAAUGCGCACUUUAUCUUUUGAUAUAGUUUUGAUUUUCUUCAAUUUGUUUGCAUUAAUUUGUGAGAAUGUCGCUAGAGGGCCUUCAACAGUAUGCAAUACUACGGAGGCAUAUUUUGAUCAUCCAGAUACAAAUAGCAACUGUAGAAUUGAUAAAGACCUUAAUGUUUCAGUGAGUGAAAUAGCCAAGAACCAUGGUUUUACUCUUGAAAAACACACAAUAGAAACAGACGAUCUGUAUGUAUUAACCACCUAUAGAUUAAAAAAAACAGACAAAGAUUAUGGAAACAAAACUAUUUUUCUUCAACAUGGUUUGAUGGCCGAUUUUACCAGUUUUAUAUAUAAUGGCAAUAAUUCUCUAGCUUUCUAUUUAGGAAAUCUUGGCUAUGAUGUCUGGUUAGGGAACUACAGAGAUACUGAGUACUGCAGUCAUAAGUACUUGCUACGAACAGAUCCAAAAUACUGGGAAUUUAG